AUGAGCAAACGGUUUAAUUUACCUUACACAACCCAGGACCUUUUCCCGCCAGAUCUCAGCAUGCCUUCGUUUCUGCAAACACGGCCCGAUUCAAUUUCAGGUUCAUCAAUGGUUUCCAGCUUGCCGUUUACACCAGUCCCCAAUUCGUAUUCCACCUCAUCAACAUUUGCGAACGGUACUUCCAGCUCUAAUUCUACCCAAUCCCUCCACAAAAUGUUUAAACGGUUCUUCAAGCCCAAGACACUCGACUUUGAGACCGCCAUGUGGGAGAUCUUCCAACUCAUCAUAAAUCCCCGCAAAAUGUAUCGAUCUCAGUACUACUAUAAGCAAUAUCAGACCAGCGGGAAGAACAACUAUGCCCGAGACGACCCAUCAUUUUUGAUUCUCUUGACCUUGUUUCUCAGCAUAAGUGCAGUGGCGUGGGGGUUGGCAUACUCGCCACAUGCACUAGACAUUUUGAAACUCAUUGUUUACAUGGUGGUGAUAGACUUCUUCUUGACGGGGAUUAUGAUCUCGACCAUCAGCUGGUUGGUCUCCAACAAGAUCUUCAGCAACUCCUGGGGCGUCACCUCACAAAAUCGGUACAAUGUCAACUACAUCGAGUGGAGUUUCUGCUUCGACGUGCACUGCAACUCGUUUCUCAUCAUCUGGUGUCUCUUGUAUUUGGUGCAGUUUAUUCUCCUACCAAUUAUCACCAUCAAGAAGUCGUUCAUGUCGCUCUUAUUGGCCAACACCCUUUACUUUGUGUCAAUCGGCUACUACUUUGUCAUAACCUUCUACGGAUUUAAUUCGUUGCCGUUUGUCAACACUCAGAGCAUCAACUCCAACAACCAAAAUGACAGUCCGGUAAGAACUAUGCAGUUGAUUCUCGUGGUGGGAAUCUUGCCAGCAUUGGCAGUGACAUGGUUCUUGAGCUUGUGUCUAAAGAUCAACGUGGCAUGCAUUAUGAUCGACUUGUACUUCAACUAG